CUGGCAACACGCGUUUCUACGACACAGUGCCGCCUGAAGCUCGGUUCCCGUUCUCCAUCUGACAGCUGGACGGAAUCAAUCACAGAUGAUGGCUAUCCGAGUAUUAGAAAUAAUAUUUUUCUUCUAUUUUGCAUCUCACAUUCCCAUUACAUUAUUUAUUGACCUACAAGCCCUGCUGCCUGGACAUGUGUAUCCCCAAUCACUGAGAGAUCUUCUAAAGUGGUACGCAGAGGAGUUCAGAGAUCCCAUGGUGCUGGACCCUCCAGUCUGGUUCCAGUCUUUUAUUUUCUGCGAGGCUUUGUUUCAAACGCCUUUCUUCCCAGUUGCUGCCUAUGCUUUCCUAAAAGGUGGGUGUAAAUGGAUCAGGACUCCUGCAAUAGUGUAUUCUGCACAUGUGGCCACCACGCUGGUCCCCAUUCUAGCACACAUCCUCUUCUAUCAGUUCCCCAUGACGCCCCAUCCCGGCCCCCAGAGCAUGAAGCAGCGCUGGACGUUGGUCUCCAUAUACGCGCCAUACCUGCUGGUCCCUCUGCUGCUGCUCUUCACCAUGCUGCUGUCCACCACGUAUAAUCCAAAGACUGCAAAUACCUCCACUAAAACCAAGAAGAAGAACUGAGACACUACAAGACUAUACCAACAAUCUAGUUUACCCUUAAUACAGCCAAGCAGCUCAUUUUUGGAUGAUUUUUGUCCCUCACGUUUGUGAAUGUAAAAUGUUUGUGUGGUUCUCUGCAUUAUAAAACUGAAGCUACACUGGGCAUAAUUUAACCCUCUGAAACCCAGGAGCCCACAGGCAGGCUUUUUUUAAACAGGCCUUAAUGGCUCUCUGAACAAAAUUAAAUUGAUUUCUUUCCAAAAUAUAAAAAAAAAUCAAUAUGGUUUUGGUCAAAGAAGAUCCUAUUUUAUUUUUUGAAAAUGUAGAGUCUAAUCUGUUCAAAACCAAAAAAUAUAUAUUGAAAAAUAUUUCAAACCUUAACUAAAAAAAAAAUUCAGAGAAAAGUGUGGUAGAUUCAAAAGGUUCUUUUUAAGAGGUUUUUCUUUUUUUUUUUUAAAGAAUCUGCAUUUUCUAGCAAAAAAAUUCCUUCAUAAAUAAAGUAAAAUGUAAGUAAAAUAAUACAAAAUCAAUAAAAUGAGUUUCAGAUGGUUAAACUUGACUGCUCACACACAUAUGAAACACUUGCACAUAAUGGUAUACUACUAAACACACACACACACACAUUUGAAAUAUACCAUGAAAUGCUCAGCCAUGUGAAGCACACACAGGCACCCUGUACCCAUAAAAAUAUAAAACAUUAUGAACAAAUAUACUUUUAUUAUAUGUGUAUUUGAGUUUAUUACUGGCUCAGUUUAUCUGGGUGGCAUCACAUUAGAAAUGGAAAGCACAAAAAGAAGGAACCAGUGGUUGCAAUGUCA